UUCGGCGGCCCGCGUGCUCGGUCCCUCAGGGCCCGGAGUUAUCCGCGAGGCAGCGAUCGGCGGGCGGGCGAUGGAGGCGCGGGGGUCGCGGCGGCGCGCGCUGCGCCUGCUCUUGAUGGUGCAGCUGCUGGCGGGGCGCUGGCGGCCUGCCGGGGCGGCGCGGGGCGCGCGGGGAGGGUUGCCUGAACUAUCCUCUGCUGCAAAACAUGAAGACAGUUUGUUUAGGGAUUUGUUUGAAGACUAUGAAAGGUGGGUUCGUCCUGUGGAACACCUGAGUGACAAGAUAAAAAUCAAGUUUGGCCUUGCAAUCUCUCAGUUAGUGGACGUGGAUGAGAAAAACCAGCUAAUGACAACAAACGUCUGGUUGAAGCAGGAAUGGAUAGACGUAAAAUUAAGAUGGAAUCCUGAUGACUAUGGUGGAAUAAAAAUUAUACGUGUUCCUUCAGAUUCUCUGUGGAUUCCAGACAUCGUUUUGUUUGAUAAUGCAGAUGGACGUUUUGAAGGGGCCAGUACGAAAACGAUUGUCAGGUACAAUGGCACUGUCACGUGGACGCAGCCAGCAAACUACAAAAGUUCUUGUACUAUAGACGUUACCUUUUUCCCAUUUGAUCUCCAAAACUGUUCCAUGAAAUUCGGCUCGUGGACGUAUGACGGCUCCCAGGUUGAUAUAAUCCUAGAGGACCAAGAUGUCGACAGAACAGAUUUUUUUGACAAUGGAGAAUGGGAAAUCGUGAGUGCAAUGGGAAGCAAGGGGAACCGGACGGACAGCUGCUGCUGGUACCCCUACAUCACGUACUCCUUUGUGAUUAAGCGGCUGCCUCUCUUCUAUACCUUGUUUCUUAUUAUACCCUGCAUCGGGCUCUCCUUUCUGACUGUCGUUGUCUUCUAUCUCCCUUCAAACGAAGGAGAAAAGAUUAGCUUGUGCACUUCUGUGCUUGUCUCUCUGACUGUCUUCCUUCUCGUUAUUGAGGAGAUUAUCCCCUCAUCCUCCAAGGUCAUACCUCUGAUUGGGGAGUACUUGGUGUUCACCAUGAUUUUCGUGACCCUAUCCAUUAUGGUGACGGUCUUUGCCAUCAACGUCCACCACCGCUCUUCCUCCACACACAAUGCUAUGGCGCCUUGGGUUCGUAAGAUAUUUCUCCACAAGCUUCCCAAACUGCUCUGCAUGAGAAGCCAUGCAGACAGGUACUUCACUCAGAGAGAAGAAGCUGAGAAUGGCGGUGGACCUAAAUCUCGGAAUACUUUGGAAGCCGCUCUCGAUUGCAUUCGGUACAUCACGAGGCACGUCGUGAAAGAGAACGACGUCCGCGAGGUUGUUGAAGAUUGGAAAUUCAUAGCCCAAGUUCUUGAUCGGAUGUUUCUGUGGACGUUUCUUCUGGUUUCAAUCAUUGGGACUUUAGGGCUUUUCGUUCCUGUUGUUUAUAAAUGGGCCAAUAUAAUAGUCCCGGUUCACAUUGGAAACACAAUUAAGUGAAAUCAAGAAAUUACACUGUGGGUUUAGUGAGCAGUCAUGCAGCUCUUAGGACACAUAUGCCAUUAUGAAAAUAUUUACAGUUUGAUAUAGGCUGUAACAGAUUAGCAAUUUCUAGCAUUGGCUUAAAGUUGUCCAUUAGAACUGCAGUAAUAACCUCGAGUAGCAACAAUGUAUUGUCCACCUGCACUAGUGAAGGCCUAACAUCUGCAUCCUGGCAAAUACUACUAACUUGCAACCAGUGAUGAAGGCCAUCUUUGG